CGCCCACAGUCACACCUCUAGAUAGUACUGAGAUCAGUGAGAUGCAAUGGAGACUCCAAAAGAUGAGGAUUUGGAGGAGAGAGAAGACACUGACAAGGAGGAGGAGGAAGAGUCUAGCUCCCGUUAUCCUGGUCUAGACAAGAGGCACGGGUUUUUCCUCUCUAUAGCUAACAACCAGUCGGACAGAGACAGCUAUCACUGGAGAAAAGAAGACGAGAAAUUGAAGAGAAAACAAGAAAUAGACAACCAAAUAAAGCAACAGAAGGAAGAGCGACGGAGAAAGAAACGAGAGAAGCAGAAACCGGAUCAACAAGUUUACCGCCCACCACACACUCGGAGAGAGACCACACCUACCCAAAUAAACUAUCGGAUUGAGAUCGAAGUCAGACCCAACACAUACUGGAGAAAAGACGUAUCUCAGUUGGGAAAAAUUAGCGAGUUAGUUAGAAGUGCUACUGAUGAGUUUCGCCUGGACGAUAGCACUAGUAUUGUUCUCAAAGAGGUUUUGUAUAAUUUUGAAAAGAAGUUAAGAAUUCAGCAAAAUCACUGACUAUAUAAAUUUUAUAUAAUGUACUGUAUAAAUCACC